AAAUGUAAAAAUAAUAAUAAUAAAUGACAUAUAUAUUAAAACAGCAGUACACAGAGUUGCCCCAGCAUGCAGAUAGAUGAGAAAAUACAACAUUGGAUACUAUGGAUCUCUCCGAAAAACAAUAAAUGCUUGGUAAUAUGACAAAAACAUUUUCUAGUGACAUCAGAAGACUACAAAGCACACGUUUUUAAUUCCAGAACGAGAGAGGAAGGAAGUGAAGAAAAAGUUCAGUGGUUUUGGAAUCAGCUCGUCUUAUCUCACACAGAAGCUCCGUGUGGUACGUUUAUCCUGGAUUUAAAAACUACAUUUUUCAACUUUAUUAUAUAUUUUUAAAGAAUUUUUGGAUGCAUCUUAUCACAAUGAAGACCCUCAUGUGGUUUCCACUGGUGCUGGGUGCUCUGCAGCAGACUGGAGCAGAGCUGAUCCACACCAAAACGGGCCAGAGGGUCACCAUCAAGUGCGGCCUUGGCGACUUCGCCAGCAGCUUGGUGUGGCGUCACAGCGACGACCUGGUUGUCCAGAUUAGCGGCAAGACUCACAUGCUGCUCAGAAGCACCAAUGCCAUUGGGUCCAGGUCAAAGGUGACGCAGGAGACUAAUCUGGAGAUCACCGCGGUGGAGGAAAGCGACGCCGGACAAUUCACAUGCUUUGUAGACAAUAAGUUGAAAGUGCACACGCUUGUUGUUGUCUCCGUGUUGGUGGAGCCUGCGGGUGGCCUGUGGUUGCACAGUUUGGCAGUGCUGCAGUGUUGGGUGGCCGGGUUGCCCUCGGACACGGUGGUGCACUGGAGAAGGCCCGGCGGUGCUCGUCGAUGGGACCGCGGCAUUGCUCGCCUCGACCCGGUGGAGGCGUCCCACGUGGGGAAGUGGGAGUGUGUCUUCUACCAUGAGGUGGCCGAGUACACGGAGGAAAUAGAGAUUGACGUGAAAAACAUUUACAUGACAACCAGCACACCAAGCACAAAGGACUUGGGUUAUUCCCCCCCUCCCCCUGUCCAGCCUGCACUUCCCAAGCUGGGCUGGUGGCUUCUGGUCGCUGGUAGCCUGGUGGUGCUCCUGCUGCUCAGCUUGGUUCUGCUUUUGUUUGGCCAAAUCAGAAGAAGGAAGAAAAGAUUCCUGCAGAUGAAGAACGCCAGAAAGCCGAUGAACGCCCGCCAGUACUGCCAGUGUCGCUGUCCGACAGCUGCUGCAGUGCCACUGCGGCCAGAGAAGAAGAAGAAGCCCCCUGCCCUCCCACUGACGCACUGAAGAAGCAAAGCGACUAAAGAAAAAUAAAGAUUGGGCUAAGGAGAGAAAGAGAAUUACUGAUGUUUCUGAGUAUGAUGAUGACGAUUAUGAUGAAGCUUUCUUUACCAGUUAUGUGAAUGUAAAUAAGGUCAACAUGGACUUAUUUACAUACAUGCGACAGUGCAUUUCUAAAUGCAAGCUGCUUUUGAUGCAUUUUCAUUUAGUGUGAAAUUGUUACUAUUUCAUUACUCUGUUGUCCUGGAUACCAUUAUAAUCAAAUGAACCUCGAGACACGUUACAUUAAGGAAAGUGUGACAGCCUGAAAGAGAAACGCAGAUAUCAAAUCAAAGUCUAGAUUGGGUACCAGUAAGAACAACAUUUAUAAAGAGAGUUUAGGACAGCAUUUGCCAUUAAGAUCAGCCCGUCCAUGAUUGACAAAUCAGAAAGAAACAAGCCCGUAUU